AUGGUUCAUCCUAGGAAACAAGACACGCCUUCACAUGAAAAAGAGCUCCCAGGCGCGGAGGUCGGUGAGCUGGUGCACGCCGUUCAAGACCCCGCGGACUUCGCCGCCGCCGUUAGGAUUGCCAGCAGACCUGUGGUCCUCGAGGAGGAGUAUGUCCCAGACGGCGGUAUGGGCGCUUGGACUGUUCUGCUGGGUUCCACAUCCGCGCUCUUUGCGUCGGCCGGCAUGAUCAACUCAUAUGGGACGUUCCAAGACUACUACGAGUCGACUCUACUCCCUUCCUCGGCGUCAGCGACCAUAUCUUUAAUUGGCUCGCUGCAGGUGUUCUUGCUGUACGGUGCCGGUCCCAUCACCGGCAGAAUCUUUGACGCCUAUGGCACCAAAGUCCUCGUACCUGUAGGCUCCUUUCUAAGCGUCCUUGGAGUUAUGAUGCUAUCUUUAGCACAAAAAGACCAAGUAUACCAGGUCUUCCUGUCGCAGGGCAUCUGCCUCGGACUGGGCAUCGCGAUCUUGUUCAACCCAUGCGUGGCGGUAAUGAGCCACUGGUUCCGCCGCAAACGCGCGCUCGCCAUGGGCAUCGCGCUCAGCGGAGGCGCUUUGAGCGGAGUGUUGUACCCGAUCAUCCUGCAACGUCUCAUCCCGAGCAUAGGCUUCCCAUGGGCGGUCCGCGUCAUCGGUUUCAUCAACCUCACAUGCCUCUCCGUCGCAUGCCUCACCGUCCGGUCGCGUCUCCCGCUGUCGCCGGGGUACAUAUCGUGGCGCAGCGCCGUCGACCUGCGCGGCUUUAAGGACCCGCGUUACGUGCUGGCGACCACCGCCGGCUUCCUGCUGUUUUACGUCCUCUUCAUCCCGUACUUCUAUAUUCAGAUCUACGCGAACUUCCGCCAAGUCCCUCCGAACAUUUCAAACGUGCUCGUGUCUAUUUUGAAUGCACUGAACAUCCCGUCCCGGAUCCUCCCGGGGCUGCUUGCGGACCGAUACGGAUGUCUCGCUGUGUUCAUCCCGAUCACCGCAUUUGCCACGAUCUCGGUAUUCGCGCUCUGGUUGCCCUCCCACACGCCCGGCACAAUCAUCGCGUUCACGGCAUUGUAUGGACUUUUCUCCGUCAUUCAUCGCGCUUCGCAUUCCCCAAGGGCCUUUGUCUCCCUCCUCGCCGCCUACAUCGCCUCCAUCACCCCACGCGAGGUGUACGGCGCCCGGCUCGGCUCCGUGUACAUUUUCGUGGCCAUUUCCACGCUCGCAGGCGCGCCCACGGGCGGCGCGCUCCUCGCCACGGUUGACGAGACGCACUUCCGCACGCUCAUCAUCUUCUCGGGCGUCCUCCUCGCCGGGGGCACGCUCGCGCUCUGCGGCGCAGCGUCGGUCCCGGAGGGGGCGCGGUGGAAGCGGCUCCGAUCGGCGCAGAGCUCGCAGCACGCACCCGGGAGCGCGUGA